AUGUCGACUCUGGGACUUUGUAACUGGCUGACAACCACGCAAUGUUUUCAUGGCAACAACACGGCGUCCAUCUUGACCAAGCGCGGGGGAUUCCGGAGGCGGGAGCAGCCGGUGUACCGUUUGCCCGUGCUGAUCGUGGACAGUGGGACCCCGGCUCUGAGCAGCACCAACACUCUGUCGGUGCGAGUGUGCGAGUGCGAUUCCGACGGGGUGGCACUGUCCUGUGGAGCCAUAGCCUACACCGCCACCGGCCUCAGCACCGGCGCUCUUAUGGCAAUACUGGGCUGCAUCAUCACACUGCUGGUGAUGGUUCUUCUGAUCGUGAUGAUGCGUCGCCGUCGGAAGGAACCUCUGAUCCUGGACGAGGAGCGUGACAUCCGUGAGAACAUCGUCCGCUACGACGACGAGGGCGGCGGGGAGGAAGACACCGAGGCCUUCGACAUGGUCACCCUACGCAAUCUCAACGUCAUGAGAGACCCCAACGUGCGCCGUGACGUCACCCCGGACACGCCCACAUUCUUUCACUACCCGCCCGCCGCCGCCCGUCCCUCCUACAAAACACUCCCGGACAACGUGGUCUUCCGGGAGUUCAUCUGGGACCGCCUUAAGGAUGCCGACGUCGACCCUUCAGCCCCGCCGUACGAUUCCUUGCAGACGUACGCUUUUGAAGGUAGCGGCUCGGUGGCGGAGUCGCUAAGUUCGCUGGAAUCUCUAAGUACAGACUCGGAUCAGAACUAUGACUAUCUUAGCAACUGGGGUCCGCGUUUCAAAAAGCUAGCCGACCUUUACGGCAACAGCGAAGGGGCGAGUAUUUUCUCAUAGCGCCCUUUAGUGGCUUUCUAUAUAUCGACACUCCUCGGACUAAAAGAAAAAAAAAUAAUUUAUUGUUGACGGUAUAUGAUUUGUCUGCCUUAGUGCAUCGGAGGGAAGAUUCAAAGACAAACACAAGAGAUAUUGAAAGGAAAGGACUCAGACUUCAAAGCUUGUGGUUUGUUUACUGCCCCAUAUGGAUUUUUCUAAAGCGUACCAUGGCGAGUUUGACACAGACUUCAAAAGUGGCUUGACUGGGGAGGAAACCUUGUGUGCAAAAGACAUUAAAGGUUCCAGAUUCGGGCUCCGGGCCAACCAUUGACUGCUGAAUGAAUUUGUGUCAGAACUGUUUUCGGGAGGAGGGGGGAAGGGAAGGCACCUGUCCUUGCAUCUCGCUUUUGAUGCGUUUUUUUGCUAUCUUUGUGCUCUGAAAAAAGAACUGAAGUUUGUCAUAAAGUGCUGCGUCUCGCGUGGCUAAUCACUUGACUGUUCGUACGGGCAACAGUUUAUAUGUUAAUGAUUUCUUCUUUAGCAUUUUGCUUUGACGGGAACAGGCUUGGGAAGAGCGUUUUUUGCCAUAAACAUUUCAACACAGAGCCUCGUUACUCAAGGACUACAUUUGAAAAGCGCAACUAAACAUUCAUUUCCCGUCAACGUGCUAAAGACACAAUGAGACAAUAAUAAGUUGCUUAAACAAAGGGAUCACUACUUUCCUUACAAAACAUUUUUCAAAUCUUUAAAUGUGGAGUGUGUCUAUUUUUUACUUUCUAACACCAAGUCAGAAGUAUGAAUUCUGAGCUAUGAAAUGUCAGGACUCACUUGUAAUUCUCUGUACAAGACGGGGUCGAGGUAUGCUUCGCUGAAGGUCAGAACAGCUCAAUUGCCAGAUUAAUGGCAAAUAGACUGUAGAAAAAUAUAAUCAUUUGUUUCUGAAGUGACAGUGCUUAACCGGGUGAAGUGGCAGUUUGUAAGUAAAUGACAUUUGCUUCUAUAGUCGGCACAGAGCAGAAUAUAGUGUCCUUCAGAAAUGAAGCUUACGUUAUGGUAUGUCUAUUGGUGAUAAGGG